AGAGGAUAACUGCCUAUUAAAAAGAGGAAAAAAACCAGAAACCAUCGUAAUAAUUAUGUAAAAAAAAAAAAAAAAGCAGAAAGAGAAGAUCCUUCCUACAGAUUGAUUGAAUGGUGGAGAGGGGCCGUCGUUUUCUCCCUCUCUCUUCCAAGGAUCUUGUUCACCUCCCCCUCCCCCGCCCGGUAAUGAGGAUCCGUUCAAAAACAUUGAAAAUGCCAUGACGCUGCAGGGAAGCCGGCCAGGAGGAGAACGAGGAAGAAGCGCUGCGUUUUGGCAACGGGAGAGAAAAGAUUAAGAAGCAAGACUCCGGGUGGGCUCACGAAGAAGAAAAGAACCCCCCCCCACUUUUUUUUUUUUUUUUUUUGAUUGGAAGAAGGAGGAAGGGAUGGGAAAGCCGGGCCAAAUUGCAAGAAAUAAUCCCCCCCGAGAAAUAAUCGCCUCCUCUCGUGUCAAAUCCGGGCUGCGACAGAAGGAAACGCGGCCUCUUCCCCUCUGAGAACAACGCUGCAGAAACCUGCCGGUUAAAGAAACGGGAAAAAAAAACACCGAAAAAUAAAAGGCGGCGGCGGCGAACCACGGCGGGCUAAGCGUGGAACUCUUUUCAAUGCGGCCCCCCAGGAGAAAAAAAAAGAAGGGCGCAGCAGCCUACGGGGACCUCCGAAGCAAGUCGCCGGGCAAGGCGAGUCACGUGGGAAAGGCGGCCCCGCCCCCCGGCCCCGAAGUGGGUCACGUGACGCCCGGCCGGGAGAAUCCACGUGGGCGCCUUCCGGAUGGGAAUUUUGGCUACAGAAUGGCUGAGAAGAAACCUUCCCAAGGACAACCAUGGCUGCUACUACUGAUCGUUGCUGUUGCCUUCAUUCACUUAGUUGUGUGCCCAUUUACAAAAGUAGAAGAGAGCUUUAAUCUUCAAGCUAUACAUGACAUUUUGUAUGAGAAGUUGGAAUUAGAUAAGUAUGAUCAUCAUGAAUUUCCUGGAGUUGUCCCGAGAACAUUCAUUGGUCCAAUUUUUAUUGCUCUUCUUUCCAGUCCAGCCGUCUAUAUAUUGUCCCUUUUACAAAUGUCAAAAUUCUACUCACAGCUGAUAGUCCGAGGAACCCUGGGCUUGACCGUGAUUUAUGCCCUAUGGCGGCUACACAAAGAAGUCAGAAAGCAGUUUGGUUUUACUGUAUCCCUGAUGUUCUGCCUAAUAACAGCUACUCAGUUCCACCUGAUGUUUUACUGCACUCGUACCCUCCCCAACGUAUUUGCGCUGCCUGUUGUUUUACUAGCAGUUACAUCUUGGAUGCAACAAAAGCACCGCCCGUUUAUUUGGUUCUCGGCUUUGGCAAUCAUCGUCUUCAGAGCGGAGCUUUGCAUAUUCCUGGGUCUUAUGCUGCUGAUCACUCUGUUGAAUAAAAAACUCUCUGUUAUGAAAAUGCUUUUCUAUGCUGCUCCUGCAGGGGCUUUUUGGCUAGGACUCACAGUGGCUCUGGAUUCUGUGUUUUGGAGGCAGCUGUUGUGGCCUGAGGGAAAAGUACUUUGGUAUAACAUUGUCUUAAAUAAAAGCUCCAACUGGGGAACCUCGCCUUUUUUAUGGUAUUUUUACUCUGCCUUGCCUCGCGCUCUGGGUUGCAGUAUUGUAUUUCUACCACUAGGAGCAGUAGACCGAAGAUGUUGGGUAUUAAUUCUACCCUCACUUGGUUUUAUUUUCUUGUAUUCCUUUCUCCCACAUAAAGAGCUGCGGUUUAUAAUAUACACAUUUCCAGUUUUGAAUAUAGUGGCUGCCAAAGGCUGCUCGCGAAUUCUAAACAAUUUCAAGAAAUCAUGGUUAUACAAAUUAGGCACGCUGUUCGUUAUAGCACACCUUUUUGCUAAUGCUGCUUACUCAGGAGCAUCGCUCUAUGUGUCUCACUUCAAUUACCCUGGAGGAGUUGCUAUGCAAAAACUACACCAGCUGGUACCUCCAACAGCAGAUGUUUCUGUCCACAUUGAUGGGGCUGCGGCACAGACCGGUGUGUCUCGAUUUUUAGAAGUCAAUUUGGAUUGGAAAUAUGACAAAAGGGAAGACCUAAAACCGGGCGAUCCACUUAUGUUCUCAUAUACACAUGUACUUAUGGAGAUGAAUUCAGCUCAACUGUCACAUUACAAGACAACUCACAAAAUUCUUGCACAUAUUCCUGGCACCAGUGGAAUUGGAUUGAAUUUUACUGCACUGCCUCCUAUUACUUUAAAUUUGAAAUCUAAACUAGUAUUGUUGGAAAAGCUCCCUGUUUCUUUUGGAAAAUAAAAUUUAAGAAGUUU